CAGGAAGAGGUUAUUUGACACACGGAACUGGAGUGCCAAUUCACGGUCGAGCGCUGUGUGUGAUUCAGAUAAUUAUGCGAGAUUUCCUUUACAUCUAUUUGUAUUAACAAUUUGUGGAUAUCUGCUACACGACUAUAUUCCCACACUGCUGAGGUCAGCGCGAUUAGUGGCUAUUCCCUGCAAAAUAUUUGGUGAUGCGCGCGGUGAGCUCUGCCAGACGAGAGGCCAUAGCAACAACACACAGCUCGUCUCAAGUACUGACUUAAGCUGAAACCAAGAAGUCAGGUUAUCUCACAAUGCAGUCUUACUCCUCCCAAGGAAAGCUGGUGCGGAAUGGGGAGAAGAAUAAGUUAGUGAUCUGUAUAGAGGGGAAUAUUGCUAGUGGGAAGACAACAUGCCUGGAGUAUUUCAGCAAAACCAGUAACCUUGAGGUGCUGACUGAGCCAGUUUCCAAAUGGAGGAAUGUUCGAGGGCACAACCCCCUGGGGUUAAUGUACCAGGACCCUACUCGAUGGGGCAUCACUCUACAGACCUAUAUUCAGCUAACCAUGCUGGACCAACACCUCUCAACAAUAUCCGCCCCAAUGAGAAUGAUGGAAAGGUCCAUCUACAGUGCCAAGUACAUCUUUGUGGAAAAUCUUUACAGAAGUGGGAAGAUGCCCGAGGUGGACUUUGCUGUUCUUAGUGAGUGGUUUGAGUGGAUCACUCAGAACAUUGCCAUUCCUGUGGAUCUUAUCGUUUAUCUCCAGUCGUCUCCACAGACCUGCCAUGAGAGGCUAAAAGAGAGAUGCAGGGAGGAGGAGAAGAUCAUUCCUUUGGAAUAUUUAGAGGCAAUCCAUCAGCUGUAUGAAGACUGGCUGAUAAAGAAGACGUCCUUCAAUGUUCCUGCUCCAGUCCUUGUAAUUUCGGCAGACGAUGACCUGCAGAAGAUGAUCCUCCAGUAUGAGGAGAACAGAGAGAAGAUUUUAUCAGGGAGCAAUGUGUGACUGAAGUACAGUGCCUUCGAAAAUUAUUCAGACCCCAAGACUUUUUUGACAUUUUGUUAGGUUACAGCCUUAUUCUAAAAUGUUUUUUUUUUCUUCCCCUCAUCAAUCGACUCACAAUACCCCAUAACGACAAAGCAAAAACAGGUUUUUAGUAAUGUUUGCUAAUUCACCUUUGUUGAAGCACCGUUGGCAGCGAUUACAGCCUUGAGUCUUCUUGGGUAUGACGCUACAAGCUUCCCACACCUGUAUUUGGGGAGUUCCUCCCAUUCUUCUCUGCAGAUCCUCUCAAGCUCUGUCAUGUUGGAUGGGGAGUGUUGCUGCACAGCUGUUGUCAGAUCUCAAGAUAUGUUAGAUCGGGUUCAAGUCCGGGCUCUGGCUGGGCCACUAAAGGACAUUCAGAGACAUGUCCCCGAAGCCACUCCUGCGUUGUCUUGGCUGUGUGCUUAGGGCCAUUGUCCUGUUGGAAGGUGAACCUUCACUCCGGUCUGAGUUCCUGAGCGCUCUGAAGCAGGUUUUCAUCAAGGAUCUCUCUGUACUUUGCUCCAGUCAUCUUUCCCUCGAUCCUGACUAGUCUCCCCAUCCCUGAUGCUAAAGAAACAUCCCCACAGCAUAAUACUGCCACCACCAUGCUUCACCGUAGGGAUGGUGCCAGGUUUCCUCCAGACGUGACGCUUGGCAUUCAGGCCAAAGAGUUCAAUAUUGGUUUCAUCAGACCAGAGAAUCUUGUUUAUCAUGGUCUGAGAGUCUUUAGGUGCUUUUUUGGCAAACUCCAAGUGGGCUGUCAUGUGCUUUUUACUGAGGAGUGGGUUCCGCCUUGUCACUCUACCAUAAAGGCCUGAUUGGUGGAGCGCUGCAGAGAUGGCAGAACCUUCCAGAAGGACAACCAUCUCCACAGAAGGACUCUAGAGCUCUGUCAGAGCAACGAUCGGGUUCUUGGUCACCACCCAAACCAAGACCCUUCUCCCCCGAUUGCUCAGUUUGGUCAGGCGGCCAGCUCUAGGAAGAGUCUUUGUGGUUCCAAACUUCUUCCAAUUAAGAAUGAUGUAGGCCACUGUGUUCUUGGGGACCUUCAUUGCUGCAGAAAUGUUUUGGUACCCUUCCCCAGUUCUGUGCCUCGACACAAUCCUGUCUCGGAGCUCUACAGACAAUUCCAACUGUCAACUGUGGGACCUUACAGUGCCUUGCAAAAGUAUUCAACCCCCCUGGCGUUUUUACAAUUUUGUUGCAUUACAACAUGUAAUUUAAAUACAUUUUUAUUUGGAUUUCAUGUAAAGUAGUCCAAAUUGGUGAAGUGAAAUGAAAAAAAUAACUUGUUUCAAAAAAUUAUUCACCUUUUUGCAAUGAAGCCCCUAAAUAAGAUCAGAUGCAAUCAAUUACCUUCAGAAGUCACAUAAUUAGUUAGAUUCCACACAGGUGGACUGUAUUUAAGUGUCACAUGGUCCCAAAAUAUAUAUAUAUAUAUAUAUAUAUAUAUAUAUAUAUCUCUGUUCUGAAAGAGUCCCAGAGUCUGCAACACCACUCAGCAAGGGGCACCACCAAGCAUGUGGCACAAUGAGAAUAAGAACACCUCUUCCCAGCUGCCCACUGCACUGAGGAUAGGAAGCACUGUCACCACCCAUAAAUCUACGAUAAUCGAUCAUUUCAAUAAGCAUUUUUCCACGGCUGGCCAUGCUUUCCACCUGGCUACCCCUACCCGGCCAACACCUCAGCAUCCCAUGCAGCAACUGGUUCACCAACUACUUCUCAGACAGAGCUCAGUGUGUCAAAUCGGAGGGCCUGUUGUCCGGACAUCUGGCAGCUCUAUCGGGGUGCCACAGGGCUCAGUUCUCUGGAUGACUCUUUCCUCUGUGUAUAUAUAUCAAUGAUGUUGCUCUUGCUGCUGGUGAUUCUCUGAUCCACCUCUACGCAGACGACACCAUUCUGUAUACAUCUGGACCUUUGGACACUGUGCUAACAAACCUCCAAACGAGCUUCAACGCCAUACAACACUCCUUCCGUGGCCUCCAACUGCUUUUAAAUGCUAGUAAAAUGAAGUGCAUGCUCUUCAACCGAUUGCUGCCCGCACCCUCCCACUUGACUAGCAUCACUACUCUGGACGGUACUGACCUAGAAUAUGUGGACAACUACAAAAUUUCGCAACAAAGCCUCUUUCACUCAUGCCGCCAAACAUACCCUCGUAAAACUGACUAUCCUGCCGAUCCUUGACAACGGCGAUGUCAUUUACAAGAUAGCCUCCAACACUCUACUCAGCAAACAGGAUGUAGUCUAUCACAGUGCCAUCUGUUUUGUCACCAAAGGCCCAUAUACUACCCACCACUGCGACCUCUAUGCUCUCGUUGGCUGGCCCUCACUAUAUAUCUGUCGCCAAACCCAAUGGCUCCAGGUCAUCUAUAAGUCUUUGCUAGGUAAAGGGGGCCAUAUCUCAGCUCACUGAUCACCAUAGCAACACCCACCCAUAGCACACGCUCCAGCAGAUUUAUUGCACUGGUCAUAUUGAAUAGUUAUGCAUGCUCAAGUUUUCAGUUUUUUUUUUGUGUUAUUUGUUUGUUUCACAAUAAAAAAUAUUUUGCAUCUUCAAAGUGGUAGGCAUGUUGUGUAAAUCAAAUGAUACAACCCCCCCCCAAAAAAAUCCAUUUUAAUUCCAGGUUGUAAGGCAACAAAAUAGGAAAAAUGCCAAGGGGGGUGAAUACUUUCACAAGCCACUGUAUAUAGACAGGUGUGGGCCUUUCCAAAUCAUGUCCAAUCAAUUGAAAUUACCACAGUUAGACUCUAAUCAAGUUAUAGAAACAUCUCAAGUAUGAUCAAUGGAAACGGAUGCACUUGAGCUCAAUUUCGAGUCUGAAUACUUAUGUAAAUAAGUAUUAUUUCUGUUUUUUUAUUUUUUAGAAAUUUGCAAACAUUUCUUAACCAGUUUUUUCACUUUGUUAUUAUGGGGUAAUUGUGUGUGGAAUUCCUGAGGAUGAUAAUUUAUUUAUUUACAUUUUAGAAAAAGCCUGUAACGUAACAAAAUGUGGAAAAAGUCAAGGGGUCUGAAUACUUCCCGAAGGCACUGUAUAUAUGCUGCACCAACAAUGGAAGUAAAUAUGUUUGUUGUCUGUAGGCAGGUAAUUCUAGUCCAAGAGAGAACACCAGAAUGAGCUUGUGGAGUUACUGUUAUCUUACACACUGUCUUAGAACAACUCUCUGACCGGUACAUUUUCAGACCGCAAGUAUGCCAUACUGUGUAUUUACUGGUACAAGUCGCAUUCCAACAUAUGUAACAUAAGCACUUGCUCGCUUUUGUUUGUUUCACUGACCAUGA